CUGAAAUAGUCCUGAACGGUUGCCGCGCCAAGCACUGUUGCGUCGGACUUCCAGACGCAUAUACGUCCAUUCCCGUUGCAAAUAUAACAACAAUAAAUCAACAUUAGACCGUUAACGUUUGAAAAUUAAAACAUAUAUUUAUUAAAUGAUUUAAAAUAGAAACUACAAUAUUAUAACGGGUUUCCGUGAUAAUAAGCUGGAGUGUUAGUGUGUUGGUAACUUUGUAUAGAGGAUGACGUCGGGUGGUAGCGAGGCGUGGUGCUCGGGCUGGGGCCGGUGGCAGGCGCGGCUGGCGGUCCUGCUGGCGCUGCCGAUGAUCCUCACGGGCAUGUACAACACCAACUACGUGUUCCUAGCAGCUCCCGCACACUACAGAUGCCACGUGCCAGAGUGUGAAGGAAACCUCACAUCCGGCUCACCACCGCCCGAAGAAUGGAUGCCGGCGUGGUCGGAGUGGGCGCUGCCAUCCACCAGCGCUGGUGGUCAAUGCCAUCGAUAUCAGCCGCUUGACGGUGACUGUUCACCGAGCUCCUUCGACAACGCUACCACAAUAACUUGCGAGCGAUUUGUCUAUAGGACCAACAGUAGUAUUGUUGCUGAGUUUGAUCUGGCGUGCCAGGAGUGGAAGCGUUCUAUGGUGGGCACCGUGCACAACGUGGGCAUGCUCCUCUCACUGCCGAUCAUUGGUUUCAUCUCGGACAGAUGGGGCCGCCGUGCUGCGUUGUUGACUAGUGUGUGCGGCGCGGGUGUGCUCGGCCUCGCCAAGUCUUUCGUCAACUCGUACUCCGCGUACUUGCUCGCUGAGGUGCUGGAGACCAUGUUCGGUGCCAGUGUGUAUCCGUCAGCUUUCGUUCUCAUGAUCGAGUGGUUGGGCGUGGAGCAGAGGAUCCUUGCGAGCCUGGUGCUGGGUGUGCCGAUGUCGGCGGGCACCUCGAUGCUGUCGCUGCUCGACUACCUCACCGGGUACUGGCGGCUGUGGGCGCGGUGUGCGUACCCUGUCGCCUUCCUCAUACUGCUGUACCCGUGGUUGCUGCCGGAGAGCGUCCGCUGGCUAAUGACCAGGGGAAGAUACGCUGAGGCAGUACGAGUGGUCAGCCGGGCAAUGAGGUGUAACAAGCUUAACAUUCCUGCCGAGGGUCUAGAGAAGAUGUUGCUGAGUGAAACUGAGCAGUUGAACAAUAAACCAGACGUCUGCGAAGACGAGGGAUUAUUUAGAGCUGUGAUCAAAUACGGUGCGCUGCGUCGCCGUCUAGCCGUAUGCUUCGUGUGGUGGACAUGCGCUGUGUUCGUGUUCUACGGGCUGGCGGUGAGCGCACACGCGCUGUCGGGCUCCGCGCACGGCAACUACGCGCUGGUGGCGGCGGCCGAGCUGCCGGCGCUGCUCCUCAACACGCUGCUGCUGGACCGCGUCGGGCGGCGGCCGCUGCUCACCGGCGCCUUCCUACUUACCGCCGUCUCGCUCAUCGUCAUACCCUGUCUGCCCCACUCGGCUCGAUGGGUGGGCACGGUGUUUUACCUGUGCGGCAAGGUGGGCGCCACCAUGUCCCUGAACGCGCUGUACGUGUACACGGCGGAGCUGUUCCCGACGCGCGCGCGGCACCGCCUGCUGGCCGCGUGCUCCACCUGCGGCCGCAUCGGUGCUAUGCUGGCGCCCCUCGUGCCCCUGCUGGUGGUGUACGGCUGGUGGAUUCCGACGGUGCUGUACGGCACGCUGCCGCUGUGCAGCGCGCUGCUGACUCGGCUGAUGCCGGACACGCUGCACCGCCGGCUGCCCGACACGUUCUCGGACCUACAAUCCCCGCCGCCCGAUAACGCCUGAUUCUUCAAAAUAGCAAAUACUACGUAACUAGUAUAGUUGCGGUCGCGUCUAACUAGGAACUUUUUAGAUGUAAAUACAACUUUAAGUUCUGUGUAAUAAACUAUAAAUAAUUAAUAUUAUAAGAUAAUGAAAAUUAAAUAUAAG